AUGCCGCUAACGGAACAACUAAAACUAAUUCUAGAAAACCGUAAAAAACGGUCUCUUUUUCGAUCACUGACUGUAUCCACAUCAAACAGCAUCGACUUUUCUUCGAAUGACUUUCUCGGACUCUCGCGUAAUGCAACAUUACAUAACAAUUUCAUAGCACAACUCAUAAAUUUUCCACAGCCACCACUCGGUUCAACCGGCUCACGUCUCCUAGACGGGAACUCUUCCUUUGCCGAGUCACUCGAUAAGUUCAUUGCCGAUUUCCAUCACGCUGAAAGCGCGUUAAUGUUUGCUUCGGGGUUUGACGCGAACGUCAGUUUCUUUAGUAGUGUUCCACAACCAGGAGAUGCGAUUAUUCUCGACCAGUUCGUGCAUGCUAGUGUACAUGAUGGCGUGAGAAAUUCUCGGGCAAAAAUUGUGUUGAAUUUUUUGCAUAAUAAUUUAGAGGAUUUGACACGACAGCUGGAUAAGGCUGUGCAGACUAUCGGCGGGGAAAAGAAUAUCUUUGUUUCGGUGGAGAGUUUGUAUUCGAUGGAUGGUGAUAUCGCGCCUCUAAGAGAAAUAGUUGAAAUACUGAAAUCGUAUAAUGCUUAUUUGAUGGUUGAUGAAGCUCACGCGACAGGCGUAUACGGUGAUCAAGGACGCGGAAUAGUCUGUGAACUCGGUUUAGAAGACAAGAUAUUUGCGCGCUUACACACAUUUGGAAAAGCAAUGGCAUCUAAUGGAGCCGCUAUUCUCGGACCCAAUAUACUUCGAAUGUAUCUCAUAAAUUACGCGCGACCGUUGAUUUUCUCGACGUUUUUGCCUUAUAGUAAUUUAAUCAGCAUUAAAUGCGCGUAUAAUGUUAUUGCAAGUGAACUUGGAGAUCAGCUUCGAAUACGUUUAAAAAAUCUGAUUGCAUUGUUUCGAUCAAGUAUCAAAAUACCGCCACACAUGUUAUUACCUUCCACGAGUGCAAUCCAAGGGGUUAUUAUGCCGGGCAACGAAAAUGCCGUGAAACUAAGCAAAAUGAUCCAACAGGCCGGCUACAACGUCAAACCUAUCCGUUCGCCGACUGUCUCACCUGGAAGCGAGCGUGUUCGUAUAUGCAUACAUGCUGACAAUACCGAAGAGCAAGUACUAGGACUCGUGCGUGUUAUUGAAAGAUUCAUCGAUGAUUCAUUCUCUUCUUUUUUGUCUGGUAGUGAUGUGGAUAGCGCACAAACGUAUUCGUCAUCCUUGUCCUCUGCAACACAGAGACCGAUAUCUAAACUAUGA